AGGAAGUAGAAGUGGAAGUGCCCAUUUUAACUGCUUUGCGUGUUUUCACUAGUAAACACUUCAAACCAGAAGAGAGAAAGAGAGAGGAGCCUUGUUCUAGUGUCAUUAUCUGUGUGAUAUUCUCGUGGGAAAAAAAACCCAAAUCCUCUACUUUUCAUGUGUUUUCCAUUUUUUAUUAAAUUCUUUUUCUUUUCAUUGAUUAACAACAUAUACAUCCAUCAAUAUUCCAUCUCUUCUCUCCACCCCCUUUCUCUCGAGCAUGUCUGUUGGUUGGAGAAGUUAGAGAGGAGUCGUCUUUCUUUCUUUGGGCCUUUUUCAGACUCACCUCCCAUUCUUUCGAGCAUAUCAAGGUGCUUCUUUCUUCAGUCAUAUCUAAUCAACUGUCUCCACCAAUCAUUCUGUUGGUUCUCCAAACGAGAAGAAACCCACUUUAAUAGAUGCAAAUUGGGUCAGAGAGUGGUGGGUUUUUCUUGAGCUCGAGCUAAAGCUGAACGACGGCCAAGCUUUCUUCUUCAGAAUUGGAGCUAAAGCCUAAAGGCAUCCUUUGACAGAAGUAUGUUCAUUAAACCCUCCUCAGUGCCAGCUCCUGAUCUUUCCUUGCACAUUAGCCCCCCUAACAGUGCCCCAUCGUCGAUUUGCAAUAACAGUAGCGAACAAGAGACCAGCUUCGACCUUUGGCGAAGACAUGAAGGUCACAGAUCCAACAAGACUAGUGACAGCAGCUCGGUGAGACCUGAUUCGCAAGCUUACAUCGAGCUCUCACUGGCGAGCCCAAGGAACGGAUUGGAGGCAGAAAACCAUCAGUGGAUCAGGAGAAACUUCAUUAGGGGAGGUGAAGAGGAAUUAUCUCAUCGGCAACAACCACAUGACCAGUAUUCUAAUCAUCGCCACCACCUCCGCCAUCCUAACGACAACCACGGCGCCUCAGUCCUUGAUGCUUCAGACGGGCUCAGGCCGAUAAGAGGGAUUCCCGUCUAUCACAACCGCUCAUUUCCUUUCAUGCCUGUAGAGCAUUCAAUAGAGAAUGAUGCAAAGAUGUGCUUCUACCAAAUGUCUUAUCCCUCUUGGUCUUCGUCCUUGUGUUCAUCCUCGUCCACUCCAUCUUCAGCUUCUCCUUCUCCCCCUUUCCUGGGAGGAGGUUUCGAUCGAAAUCCCAUGACAAUCUUACACUCCGGGACAAACUCACCGUCUCCAUCUACAGCUUAUCGGAUGGCAACUGCUACAAGGUUUAAUGGAUUAUCACAGGAUACACUGAAAUCCCACCAACUUCACCAGCAUCAGUAUGGAAUUGGACCUUCCGAUGCAUCUCAUGCGAUGAUUAGAUCAAGAUUCAUGUCCAAGCUCCCGACGAAGAGGAAUAUGAGAGCACCAAGAAUGCGCUGGACAAGCACUCUUCAUGCUCGCUUCGUUCAUGCCGUGGAGCUCCUUGGUGGCCAUGAAAGGGCUACUCCAAAGUCAGUUCUAGAGCUCAUGGAUGUCAAAGAUCUUACUUUGGCUCAUGUUAAGAGCCAUUUGCAGAUGUAUAGAACUGUUAAGACAACUGACAAGCCUGCGGCUUCUUCAGGUCAAUCAGAUGGGUCAGGAGAUGAAGACUUACCUCCAGCAGGCACUAAGGACGACCUGAAUUUGCACCCAAUUGUGGAUCAGAGAGGAUCGUCAGAUGGAUCUGUGCAGCAAGAUGCAGAUUAUCCUUACACUACUACUUUGUGGAGUGAGUCUUCAAGCAGAAGAGGAGAUUGGCUGCAGACCAACUCAAGCGACAUGAAUGGGCAUACACCAGAAACCUUCUCUUCUCGACAAAGAUCUGGAGACCAAAUUGAGGAAAGCGAUUUGACCCGGCCUAAAAGCUUUCUGGGGUCUCACUUGGAACUCAAAAACCCGAGCUUGGAAUUCACCUUAGGCAGACCAGACUGGUGUGGUGAAGAACAUGACUGAGCAGCAGGAUUCAAAUUGUCAAUAUUUUAAUUAAGCUGCCAUUCCAUGUUUGGUUCUGUAUUUCAUCUGUUAGAAAAGAAACAUAUAUAGAUAUAUAUAGAGAGAGAAAUAUAUGGGCAUACGCAAAAGAAGAUGUUGAUUUUGAUUAAGAAAUCAUAUCCUAUUAUUUCCAUUUUAAAUCUCACAUCUACAACUACAAGCACCUUUUUUUUUCUUUCGAGUACGUGUACUUGGCAACACACAGCACUUUAAUUUGAGUUAUUAAUUCCAAGAACAGAAGUUGAGAAAGAAGGAGAAGAACAAAGAAAUGGAACCAGAUCAGGUUUAACA